AUGGAUUUGGACAUCGAACCGAAAACAGAACAACAAGUGAUCAGGAAGUGUGACUGGCACGUUGUCCCUGCUCUGAUGGUGCUUUACUUGCUGGCCUUUCUGGACCGAAUAAAUAUUGGCAAUGCCCGCCUACAGGGAAUGGAGGACGAUCUGAACAUGGAGGGGGGCGAUUACAAUCUUGCUUUGUUUGUUUUCUUCGUUCCUUAUAUUAUCUGCGAGAUUCCUUGCAACCUGAUCAUGAAGAAGAUGGCCCCUUCCACGUGGAUCAGCUCAAUUAUGGUGCUAUGGGGUAUUACUACAGUCUGCCAAGGAUUCGUCCAGAACAGAGAAGGUCUGAUAGCAUGUCGCUUUUUUAUCGGAGCCUUCGAAGCCGGGUUUCUACCUGGCUGCGUCUACCUGAUCUCGAUGUACUAUAAACGGUAUGAACUUCAGUGGCGGCUCAACCUCUUCUUCAGUGCUAGUAUCCUUGCUGGGGCAGUUAGUGGAUUGCUGGCCUAUGGCAUGUCCUAUCUCGAUGGGGCCCGAGAGUAUUCAUCGUGGCGCUGGAUCUUCAUUCUCGAGGGUAUUGCAACUGUCGUAGUCGCGUUGGUCGCGAAACUCUUCAUUGUGGACUGGCCUGAGACCGCUAGCUUUUUGAGCCAGUCGGAUCGUGAGCUACUACUCACGCGGCUCAAGAACGACCAAGGAUCCUACCGAAUGGAUCGCUUGGACAAGUCGGCAUUUUGGAGAAUAGUUGCAGAUAAAAAGAUCUAUUUGGGAACAUUGAUGUAUCUCGGCGUGUUGAAUACCGGCUACGCAACUUCCUUUUUCACCCCCACGAUUUUGAAAGAGAUGGGCUGGACCUCGCUGCAGGCGCAGAUCAUGAGUGUACCAAUCUACAUUGCGGCUGCAAUUCUGACGCUCUGUACGGCGGUCUUGAGUGAUCGCUUUAAACAUCGCUUUGGAUUCGCUCUGGGCGGCUGCUUUGUAGCAACAGUUGGAUAUAUCAUCCUACUUGCUCAGAAAUCGGUGCCAACGGGCGCAAAAUACUUUGCUUUGUUCGCUAUCACUGGUGGCGGAUUUAUAACGCAGCCCAUCUUGAUCGGGUGGCUAAGUAACAAUAUGAGCGGUCACUACAAGCAGGCCAUCGCCUCUGCGGUGCAAAUCGGGAUUGGAAACUGCGGUGGUCUUGUUGCGAGUAACGUUUUCCUCUCCUCCGAGGCCCCUCUGUAUUACACGGGAUACGGUGUGAGUCUGGGACUGGUCUGGCUAUGUGGGAUGUCCACAGUGAUAUUCUUCUGUCUAUUGUGGCGGGAGAACAAGCAACGAGCGCAGGGAAAACGCGACUUCAUGCUCAAUUUAAAUCCGGAGGAGGUGGACAAUCUGGGAGAUGCCCAUCCCCACUUCCGUUUCACUUACUGAAUUAUGGUUCUCUCCCC